GCGAGGCGGAGCGUAGCAAUAUUAACCAGAAGCCAGUUGUCAGAUGAGCGACAGAAGCUGCAAUGAGCGGAAGAGUCGGCGACCUGAGCCCUAAACAGGCAGAAACUCUCACCAAGUUCCGAGAGAGUAUCCAAGAUAUCCUGCCUAGCCUUCCUGCUCAGGAUGACCACUUUCUCCUACGAUGGCUCAGAGCCAGGAGUUUCAACCUUCAGAAAGCGGAAUUUAUGAUUCGCAAGCAUGUCGAGUUCAGGAAACAGAUGAAAGUUGACACAAUCACGAGUAACUGGGAACCCCCUGAGGUCAUUACUCGUUAUUUCGCUGGAGGAAUGUGCGGCUAUGACAAAGAUGGCAGCCCCAUUUGGUAUGACGUGAUUGGCCCUUUGGAUCCAAAAGGUUUGAUGCAUUCGGCAUCUAAGCAGGACUUUUUGAAGACAAAAAUCCGAGACUGCGAGCUGCUGCGGGAAGAGUGUGUUAAACAGUCUAAAAAGCAUAAUAAACACAUUGAGGCAAUCACAAUGAUCUAUGAUUGUGAGAAUCUAGGAAUGAAACAUUUAUGGAAACCUGCAGUUGAACUGUAUGGAGAGGUGCUUACCAUGUUUGAGGAUAACUACCCUGAGGGUUUAAAGACAUUGUUUGUUAUCAAAGCACCAAAGAUUUUUCCUGUGGCCUACAACCUCAUAAAACAUUUUCUCAGUGAAGACACACGGAAGAAAAUACACGUAUUAAGAAGUAAUUGGAAGGAGGUGCUAUUGCAAUAUAUUGAUGCAGAACAACUCCCUGUUUAUUAUGGUGGAACUCUCACGGAUCCAGACGGGAACCCAAAGUGCCUGAGCAAGAUAAACUUUGGUGGUGAUGUACCAAAGUCAUAUUACAUCCUUGAGUCCAUUAAGCAACAAUAUGAAAACAUGGUCACUGUCAACAGGGGCUCAUCUUUUCAGUCUGAAUAUGAGAUGCUAUUCCCCGGCUGUGUUUUAAGGUGGCAGUUUAUGACUGAGAGUGCAGACAUUGGGUUUGGUGUGUAUCUGAAGACAAAAACUGGAGAAAGACAAAAGGCAGGCGAAAUGGUCGAAGUGGUUCCUACCCAAAGAUACAAUAGUCACCUGGUACCUGAGGAUGGAACACUUACCUGCCAGGAACCUGGAGUCUAUGUUCUAAGAUUUGACAACACGUACAGCAUCAUUCAUUCAAAGAAGGUUAGCUACUCAGUAGAAGUGUUGCUGCCAGACAAGGGAUCAGAAGCUCAGAUGGAUGAUCUUGGAAAGAAGAUAAAAGAAAUGGAUGUCAGUAAAAUAUAAUAACCCUUGUGACCAGAGGGAAAUCUGUAAGGCAACUUUACAAUGAGGUGAAUUCAAAUUCUCUGCAGUGAAUGCAGUAAAUGCAUUGGCAUGUGUUAAUGACUGCUGAUUGUAGAUUCAGCAGAGCUAGUUAAUGGUGUGUGCAUUUUGUGCGAUAUGGACCUAUGUUGAGUAACCAAAUGGAUUAACAUGUAUCAGUGAAAACUGGGAUAAACAGAGUGCCUAUUAAGCAUGCUGCUUUUUACCAGAGUGAAUGACACACACACACUCCCCUUUUCUUAAAAGACUUUCCCAUGUAAUAGUCAGCACUGAAAUUUUCAUUUAUACAAAACAACUACAUUGAUCUUAUGUAUGUAUAGUGUAUUUGGCUGCUGUAUUGUUCAAUGGUCUAUUUGCAUCGGACUAAAGGGCACAUCUGUGAUAUAGCCCUCAUCUCAGAAUGAUUCUAAUUAAGUUAUAAUAAAGUGCUGAGCUUUAACUUAAGUCGAGUUAACAAUUAUUCAAUCUUAUGACAUAUAAUUGUGAUCAAUGAUAACAUUACAGCUGAUCGUUUCCAACUGAUGUUUACGAAUUUCUAGUUGCUAUGUAUAAAUGUACCUUUGCUGUUCAUGUCAAUUCUGAAUUAAGAAAAUAAUUCUCAACAGUUCAUUUACUCUCCCAUUCUCGGGCCUAUUUUAAUAUCUUCUGUGAUAGUCCCAUAUCACUGUCAGUAUUCAGGUCAAGAAAGGCAAUAGCUACCUUGCUUUAAUUUAUCUUCCACAUUGGUAAAACUGACAACACAAAAUAAACUCACUUUUUUGUUCAAGAACCAACAAAUACCAAAAAGGAUGAUGCCAGAUAUCAGUCAUCCCUCCUUGUUUCAGAGAGUUAAAUUCUGAAAAAACUUGAAUUGCAGUCUUCAAGUGUUGAACAAUCAGAAUGUGCAAAAACUCACUUGAAUGGGAAUUAUCCUGGUUCCAUAAAAUCUUCACAUUUUUAUCCUCAGCCUCUAUCACAACUUGCUGGGUCAGAAAAUCUGAACGGUGGCAAGAUUUGCACCACAGAUCUCUAAAGUAUUAUUCUAGAAUCUAUCUAGUAUGUAUUCUUGACCUGUACAAUACUGAAGGAACUCCAGAAUAAAGCAUAAUUUGAAUAUAUUUACAUUAAAUCCAGUAAUUAAAAAUUUGAGGCAAGAAUUUCUCUCCUGUUCUCAUGUAGUCAUUUGCAUCAAUAUUCUUUAUUGUGAUGUAAUUUAGACAUCAAGCAAUCUUCCCUUUUUAAAAAUCAUGGAAGGGUGAGUUUUCCCUUUCUUCCUUGAUAAGUAAUAAUUUCGAAGUUUUCUUUGCCUCCAUCUGGUGAGUUAGGAUAAAUGAAGUUGUACAGUGUAGCAGAAGUGCCUUUGGUAAUUUCCUGAUAGUGGAGCUUGAUUGGUGCUUUAAGGGAUGCCACAUUUUCUUUUGCACUAUCAAAAUAUCUGCUAAAUCUCUCAUCCUUGAAUGAGCCAGCUAAGAAUUCUGAAUGUUUGCUCAAGUCGAAUAACUGAGUUCAAACAACCAGUAAGUAAUCAGUAAGGAUCAGGUGUACAAUCUUUGAACCUGAAGCCCCACUGCUUCUGUUCGUCACUGUAGUGUAUAACCCAUCAUAGCUUUGUUACUUAGCUUAAUUGUAUGAUUUAAACAGGUUGAAAAACAUACCAAUGAUCUGUAUCUUCACCUAAGAACAGGCCAGAUUAAUAUGUUGGUUUGCCAUCUUGAAUCCUAGUAAAGCUCUAUAUAUUUUUAAAAUUAGAUUCACUCCCAAUGGCUGAUUGCACUGACUGGAAGGAUUCCUAAACUUUGUUUACAGUUUUUUUUAAUCUAGAGGACAUAGGACUCCGGCUAGGGCUGCAUCUAUUGCUUAUUUUCAGUUGAUCUCUUGAGAAGGUUCUCAUGAACCACCUUUCUUGAACUGCUAUAGUCCCUGAAGGGGUACAGUUUUGUUAGGAAGAUAUUUGGACUCAGUGACAAUGAUGGAACACCAAGUUCCAAGUCAGCAUUGUGGUUGGCUUGGAGGGGAAAUUACAAGUUAUAGUGUUCCCAUGUAUCACAUAUGCUUGUCCUUCUAAAUGGUAGAGGUCACAAUUCUAUAAGGAACUUUGAUUUGGUAAAUCUGAUGCUGAAAGGUGAUAUAAUUGGUUAGGUUCAACUGCAGGUGUUUUCAAUUGUUUAGCUUGAUCAUCCUCCUAACUAUGUUCAUGAUUGAAGAAGAACUGUCUGAGCAAGUUGCUGGAGGAUUGAUUAUACCCCUGGUACUGCCCCCAGCAGAUGUCUACAAUACUAUGGGAGGUGGAGCAAAAACUGAGCAGAAGUGCUAUCUGAAGUUAUCAAAUUCCAUCCCAGUUUAUGAUAUUUUCACCUUGACCACCUUCUUGUCAGUAGCCAUGUUUUGGAAAUUUGGGCAGAUUUAUAGUCAGCCAUUUUUGCUGAUCAGAAAAUGAUGCACAUCACAAGUCCAAAUUAUUGCUAAGUGUUCCCUGCAAAGAUUGAAAAUUUGUAUUGUUUUUAGCAGUAUUUUAUUGAUAGUUAUGUUUUAACUUGAAACAAAAGUUUGCUUCUGCACAAUUUUCAAUUUAUAGAACCAAGUUUAAAUUAAUGAAGAUACUAUUGGAAAAGCAGUGCUGUAACCUUAGCAUAGAUUAGUUCAGUCACCACAUUGAUUUCCAACUGUAUUCAUGCAUUGAACACACACCAUGGCAGGGUUCCAUUAUUCACUUAAUGUUUUAAUUCCAGUACAAUUGCUAUUUUAGGUGCCAUUAAUUUUACAGUUUCUUUGCAAAACUUGCUGCAGAUUAUAAUAAAUCUCUGUGAUGUUUGUAUAUCUCGACUUAUAUUAUUUAAUUUAUAAUUGAAUAUGUAUUUAUCUAGAGAAAUGAGGUUUUAAAUCACUUUUGGUUUAGAGAUGAUUUGGAAGUGCUGGUGUUGGACUGGGGUGUAAAAAGUUAAAAAUCACACACACCAACAGGUUUAUUUGGAAGC